AAAUUAUGAAAAGAAGACUACUAUGCGCAUUGCGCAACCCUACUCCGGCGAGCCUCCGGCGACUUCCAUGGCCGGCGACAAUUUUUCCUCCUCCUCCUCCGAGCGUCUCUACCAAGCCCUCGUGAAUCGCUGCCGGAGCCUGGAGGAGAGCCAUGCCAGGCUCGCCGAGAAGCUCCGGGACCUUACGCAACAGAAGAUGAAGAAUAUCGAAAACGAAGAGGAUUUGGCCGGGGUGACGUCGGAUUACCCUCUUCCGGGGUACUUCUCGACGGGCAGUCCGUACAAGAGGGUGUUGGACUCGCUGGGACACUCUCUUCAUGUUUACAGAGCUUCCUCUGGAGAAAUCGUGUAUUGGAACCGUUCUGCAGAAAAUCUGUAUGGAUGGAAGGACUACGAAGUCGUUGGUCAAAAGUGUUUCACUGAACUCCUCAUCCCUGAAGAACAUUAUAUGACAUUGGAGAAGAUCAUGAGAAGGUUGUUGCGCACUGGGGAACCGUGGUCCGGUCAGUUCCCUUUCAAGAAGAGGUCUGGCAAGAUAUUCAUGGUGAUGGUGACGAAAAGCCCGUUGUAUGAAAACGGUGAGCUUGUUGGUGUCAUCGUUGUUGCAUGUGAUGCAGCAGGGUUUAAUGGUGUUGGAACAGAUAGCCAGAGAUCAAAUGAGGAUCGUGUUGAUCGCCAAUAUAGAGACCAGCGGCUGAACUUCAAAAAGAUCAAGUGGCAUCCACGGCCACCAACAGUCCCGUCACCAGAGAUUGCAUCAUCAGUUUCCAAUCUGGCUGCAAAAGUAUUGGCAAAGUUACAGAUUAAGGGAAGUGGCAACAAUGGUAAUGAAGAUGAUCAUGGAAGCACUCAACCUGAUGCAAGCUGCGACACUUCUCCAAUGAGGAACGAAGAAACAACUGAGCAGAAACCUCCGAGUGAUUCCAAGAAAUCAACUUAUGACUGCCUUGAACAGAGCGAGUGCUACCAGUGUUUUGGGCUGUCUAAAACUGUUGAUCCAUUGCAAAAGUUAGGCAGCCAUGAAGAUGAAGCAGAGGAAGAAGAAUCCAACUUGGUUGCUGUGCGGGCAGAAGACGAAGUACAAAGAAAUGAUAAACAAUUGUUAAGUUCGGAGGGAAGCAUUGGCAGUCAUGGAAGUUCAUCAAGCAAAGGUGAUGGUGAGUCCAACUCUGUAGUUGAUUGUGAGAUUCACUGGGAGGACUUGCAUAUUGGGGAGGAGAUUGGACAAGGUUUCUAUGCCGUCGUUUAUCGUGGAAUUUGGAAUGGAUCGGAUGUUGCCAUUAAGGUGUACUUGACGAAUGAAUACAGUGAAGGAGCUUUACAAGACUACAAAAAUGAGAUUGAUAUAAUGAAGAGGUUGAGACAUCCAAAUGUAUUGUUGUUCAUGGGAGCAGCAUAUUCACAAGAACGGCUAACGAUUGUCACAGAAUUCUUACCAAGGGGAAGCCUUUUCAAAACACUUCAUAAAAACAAUCAGGCAUUAGACAUCAGACGGCGUCUGAGGAUGGCACUCGAUGUUGCUAGAGGUAUGAACUAUUUGCAUCACAGAAAUCCACCAAUAGUGCACAGAGAUCUGAAAUCUUCUAACCUCCUUGUUGACAAGAACUGGACUGUCAAGGUUGGAGAUUUUGGCUUGUCAAAGUUGAAAAAUGCGACCUUCUUAACUGCAAAAUCAGGAAGAGGAACGCCUCAGUGGAUGGCCCCGGAGAUCAUCCGAAAUGAACCUUCAAACGAGAAGUCUGAUGUAUUCAGCUUUGGUGUCAUAUUAUGGGAGUUAAUGACUGAAUCCAUCCCAUGGAACAACUUGAACGCCUUACAGGUUGUUGGAGUUGUGGGGUUCAUGGAUAGAAGAUUAGAUUUACCAGAAGGACUUGAUCCACAAGUAGCAUCCAUAAUACGAGAUUGUUGGAAAAGCGACCCCCAACAGCGUCCGCCGUUCGAAGACAUAAUCCGAAGAAUUGCCAUUCUAAUACCGCGAGUUGCGCCGUUGUCUACUCAGAGAAUAGAGAAGCUCGGAACUCUAGAAUGAAUUUUGUGGUUUGGAUCGUUAACAAACAAGUUCUUUGUUGAUGAUAAACGUAGUUAGAAACAAGUUUAGAAAAAGCUCUUUAGUCUUUAGAAUCUUUUAGAUGCCUCAAUUACGCAUAUAUGUUUUACACGGAAAAGAAGAAGAUUACCCACGUAAGUUGUAUAUGAGACUAGAUUAGGUUAAUGUAGUACAAUUAUCAUAGUGUUUUGUCAAUUCUUGUAAAAGUUUAAGCUUUUAACUUGUGCAAAUAUCAAAUUUUAUGC